AUGCAGAUUUCUCGCGUGCUUCCUUAUCAAACCGAUGGUGGAUCCGGAGAACGUUCAAUUGUUCUCAGACAAACAUAUGGGGAUAUUUGCGAUGUUGAAUUACUAACUAAUAAGUUAUUCAGUGGCAUAAGUCAUCCGCAAUGUAUGUCUCGUAAAUCAACAAUAAGCGAACUGAUCUCGUAUGCCUCCCUUUCUGAUCAGAUAAAAUCUCCGUUUGCAAAGCAAAAGGAACCUUAUGCUAGCCCUGAUUCUUCUUUAUACACUGGAUUAAAGGCUCUUUCUCUAGACUCCUCAUUUUCUUCACGGCCUCUUGAUAUUGUUCAUUCCAACUCUAUUUCCAAUCAUCGAUGUCUUUCCUUUCCACUAGAAAUAGAGAACAGUUUUAUUGCAGUACCCCGCGAUGCUUCACCUGAUCCACCAUAUCCUGACAAAUAUUUACAAGUGUCACAAUGGAGGGUUGAAGAUUUAAGCCUUUUGGUUGGAUCUGAUCUGGCAAUAUUUGGUACAAAGUCUCAUCCUUGCAUAACUUAUGAGCCUAUAAAUGUGUUUACUGGCGCUGAUAUGUGGUUGGAAAAUAUUGUCAAUGAAGUCCCGGAGGUUGCCAUGUGUUUUCAUCAUGAGGGUAUAGUCAUGCAAGAAUAUGAACUCUAUAAGACCCAUGAAAUACCUGAAUUGACUGGCUUUCCUGAGCGGGAGGUGUCACUAAUAAUAAAAAAUAUUGUAAUGUUUUUGAAACGCAACGCAACACAAGAGGGCCAUACUUACUGGCUUAUCAAGGAACCAGGUCUUGGUUUAGUUAAGCUAUAUGAUCUUACGGAAUUAUGCAACUUGGAUUUUCAAGAAAAUAGACAGCACAAGACAGAAGACCUUAAUCCUUUCAUACUACCUGUUGCUGCUCUCUGCUAUAAGUUGGCUGAACGUCGUGCUGACAAAUUAUUUUCCAGGGCUCGCCGCAUUUCCUGUAGUAACAGCGAAUCUCAGACACUAAAAGUAUCUCGUAAAAAAAGCAAGCACAGAAUUGCCGCAAGUCAAAAAACAUGUCGAGAGUCUGAUAUUGGGGGUCUGUACAAUGAUGUACUCGAAGAUGAU